GGGAGGGAAUUUCACAUUUCUGGUACACCGGCUAAAGGUGCAAAAAGGUAAUAAUUAUAUCAACAUUACUUCAAAGAUUUAAAGCCAAUAGAAAAGUGGCGUUAAAAGGUAAUAAGUAUAUCAAUAUUACUUCAAAGGUUUCAAUCCAAUAGAAAAGUAGCACCAAAAGGUAAUAAUUACAUCAACAUUAGUUCAAAGAUUUAAAGCCAAUAGAAAAGUGGCGCCAAAAUAUAAAAAUUAUAUCAAAAUUACUUCAAAGAUUUGAAGCCAAUAGAAAGGUGGCGCCGAAAGGUAAUAAUUACAUCAACAUUAGUUCAAAGAUUUAAAGCCAAUAGAAAAGUGGCGCGAAAAUAUAAAAAUUAUAUCAAAAUUACUUCAAAGAUUUAAAGCCAAUAGAAAGGUGGCACCGAAAGGUAAUAAUUAUAUCAACAUUAGUUCAAAGAUUUGAAGCCAAUAGAAAAGUGGCGCGAAAAUAUAAAAAAUAUAUCAAAAUUACUUCAAAGAUUUAAAGCCAAUAGAAAGGUGGCGCCGAAAGGUAAUAAUUACAUCAAAAUUACUUCAAAGAUUUAAAGCCAAUAGAAAGGUGGCGCCGAAAGGUAAUAAUUACAUCAAAAUUACUUCAAAGAUUUAAAGCCAAUAGAAAGGUGGCGCCGAAAGGUAAUAAUUACAUCAAAAUUACUUCAAAGAUUUAAAGCCAAUAGAAAGGUGGCGCCGAAAGGUAAUAAUUAUAUCAACAUUAGUUCAAAGAUUUAAAGCCAAUAGAAAGGUGGCGCCGAAAGGUAAUAAUUACAUCAAAAUUAGUUCAAAGAUUUAAAGCCACUUUUAUGGGGGGUUACAUUUUAACAAAGUUUUUCCCACUUCCAUCAAAAUAUUUGUGUGUGCAUAACUCUAGUAUUAGCGUAAACAAGCUCAUGAAGAAAUGACAAUAACUUUGAAAACAUUACAGUAACUUUGAAGAGAUUCUCCUAAAGGCGUAUCAGCCUAUUAGCGUCAUUGAUUGUGAUGUUCUGCUUAAGUUGCGAAUGUUGUGGGUCCGGAUCCAGAAACAAUCAAUAUUUGUUUUUUACUUUGCUUCAGGUAUUACACAAAUAUUUGGAAGUAAAUUUCCUAAAUAACAUUACGGGGCAUAGCCAUUUAACCGAAAUUCUAUUUGCCUGCAAGAAUCAUAUUAUAUAAACCACUCAAUCAUCUUAUCUAAUGACCAGAUUCAACAUCAACAUUGCCGAGGCUAAGAUCCCUCACAAUGAUGUUCCUUUCCAUUUCGAUGUAAGAUUUAGCGGGAAUGUCACCAAUAAGAUUGUCUGCAACAGCUGGAGGAAUGGCUCAUGGGGAAAGGAAGAGAUUCUCAAAGAGAGCUUGGACCUUGCUGUCGGCACACACUUUGAAAUUACUAUUACUGUUCAAAAGCUCUCAUAUGUGGUACAGUUUCUAGUUAUCAAUGUCAAUAGUGUUGGGGGGCUUUAGGAUACAUUUAAAAAAAAAAACUAUUUUAAAAAUCCAAUGAAAUCAUGCUUUUAACUUCAUAUAAAAAGAGUCAUUUCAAAAGCUGAUGUAAAUAGAAGGAACAUAUACCCACCAUCGACCAUGAUAAAAAAAGAAAUAAAAAAAAAAACCUCAUUGGGAUUUAAUAAUUUGUGCUGCUAUUGUUUACAAAAAUACACUUUCGAUCUUAACAAACUUGUUGAGUAAAUUUUGAUGUUUGCCUGUUUGUUGUCUUUAAAUACCUUUCAUUAUUAAGCUUUUAUUUUGCAGCAUUUAAUUUUAUUGUUUUAAAAUGUAGUUUCUAUCAUAUGGGUACUGUUACAUUGACAUUAGGAUGAUAAUGUUACAUUGACAUUAGGAUGAUAAUGUUACAUUGACAUUAGGAUGAUAAUGUUACAUUGACAUUAAGAUGAUAAUGUUACAUUGACAUUAGGAUGAUAUUGUUACAUUGACAUUAGGAUGAUAAUGUUACAUUGACAUUAGGAUGAUAAUGUUACAUUGACAUUAGGAUGAUAAUGUUACAUUGACAUUAAGAUGAUAAUGUUACAUUGACAUUAGGAUGACAUUGUUACAUUGACAUUAGGAUGAUAAUGUUACAUUGACACUACGAUGAUAAAGUUACAUUGACAUUAGGAUAAUAAUGUUACAUUGACAUUAAGAUGAUAAUGUUACAUUGACAUUAGGAUAAUAAUGUUACAUUGACAUUAAGAUGAUAAUGUUACAUUGACAUUAGGAUGAUAAUGUUACAUUGACAUUAGGAUGAUAAUGUUACAUUGACACUACGAUGAUAAAGUUACAUUGACAUUAGGAUAAUAAUGUUACAUUGACAUUACGAGGAUAAUGUAACAUUGACAUCAGGAUGAUCAAGUUACAUUGACAUUACGAUGAUAAUGUAACAUUGACAUCAGGAUGAUAAAGUUACAUUGACAUUACGAUGAUAAUGUAACAUUGACAUCAGGAUGAUAAUGUUACAUUGACAUAACGAUGAUAAUGUAACAUUGACAUCAGGAUGAUAAAGUUACAUUGACAUUACGAUGAUAAUGUUACAUUGACAUUACGAUGAUAAUGUUACAUUGACAUUAGGAUGACAUUGUUACAUUGACAUUAGGAUGAUAAUGUUACAUUGACACUACGAUGAUAAAGUUACAUUGACAUUAGGAUAAUAAUGUUACAUUGACAUUAAGAUGAUAAUGUUACAUUGACAUUAGGAUAAUAAUGUUACAUUGACAUUAAGAUGAUAAUGUUACAUUGACAUUAGGAUGAUAAUGUUACAUUGACAUUAGGAUGAUAAUGUUACAUUGACACUACGAUGAUAAAGUUACAUUGACAUUAGGAUAAUAAUGUUACAUUGACAUUACGAGGAUAAUGUAACAUUGACAUCAGGAUGAUCAAGUUACAUUGACAUUACGAUGAUAAUGUAACAUUGACAUCAGGAUGAUAAAGUUACAUUGACAUUACGAUGAUAAUGUAACAUUGACAUCAGGAUGAUAAUGUUACAUUGACAUAACGAUGAUAAUGUAACAUUGACAUCAGGAUGAUAAAGUUACAUUGACAUUACGAUGAUAAUGUUACAUUGACAUUAGGAUAAUAAUGUUACAUUGACAUUAGGAUAAUAAUGUUACAUUGACAUUACGAUGAUAAUGUUACAUUGACAUUACGAUGAUAAUGUAACAUUGACAUCAGGAUGAUAAUGUUACAUUGACAUUAGGAUGAUAAUGUGACAUUGACAUUAGGAUGAUAAUGUUACAUUGACAUUAGGAUAAUAAUGUUACAUUGACAUUAGGAUGAUAAUGUUACAUUGACAUUACGAUGAUAAUGUAACAUUGACAUUAGGAUGAUAAUGUUACAUUGACAUUAGGAUGAUAAUGUUACAUUUACAUUACGAUGAUAAUGUUACAUUGACAUUACGAUGAUAAUGUUACAUUGACAUUAGGAUGAUAAUGUUACAUUUACAUUAGGAUGAUAAUGUUACAUUGACAUUAGGAUGAUAAUGUUACAUUGACAUUAGGAUGAUAAUGUUACAUUGACAUUACGAUGAUAAUGUUACAUUGACAUUACGAUGAUAAUGUUACAUUGACAUUACGAUGAUAAUGCUCAUAACUGGUUAAAAAAAGUAGUCCUUGUUUUCCAGGUUAAACUGAAUAACGUUCAAGUCAAGGUGUUUCACCAGCGAACAGUUCCCGCUGAAGAAAACAACCUUUUAAUCAUUGAAGGACAUGUUGAUAACGUCAAAGUUAAGAUGUAACCAACUAAUAGAUUACCCAGAAAGUACACGUUGAUUUUUAAAAUCAUAGUCGCUUCAUUAUCAUGUAUUCCAUUUUGUAUAGACUGAUUUCUGAUUAAAUCCUGUCAACUUCUCAACAUAAUCCUGUCAACACUUUGAGUUAAUCUGUCAACUUUUUAAGAUAAUCCUUUCAACUUGUUGAGAUAAUCCUGUCAAUUUUAGAGAUAGGGAUCGAUUCCAGAUUUAAGGAAUUUUGAUUGUUUUUCAAAUUAUGUUUUUUCUUUCAUACUUAGAAGUUCUUAAUAUAAAACCAAAGUCAUACAUGUAGGUAACUUUUACAUUGACCAACACACAUUUUGGUGCAUCAAUGAAAUAAUACUAAAUAGUGUCUAAAAGUGUCAUACAUUGAAAUUUGCUUUUUUUGCAAUUCAAUUUGCCUUUAAAUGUAGCGGGAAGACUAUUUGUCCACUUUAAAAAAAAAAAUAGAUUUUAGAUGUUCACAUCAAUUUAUUAUUUUUUUUAUACUAGUUUUAGAA